AUGACUCAUAAAAAAUCGCUAGAAGCACUUGAUCGGACAUUGAAAGAUAUACGUGGCAAUGCUGGAAUAUUUGGUGGUGCAUUAAUUUUGUUGUCCGGCGAUUUUCGCCAAACAUUACCAGUGAUUCCAAGAUCAACACCGGCGGAUGAGAUCAACGCAUGCUUAAAGUCAUCGAUGUUGUGGCGACAUGUUCAAACUAUGACACUGAAUAUUAACAUGCGUGUUCAGUUGAACAAUGAUCCAUCUGCAUAUCACUUUUCAAAACAAUUGUUGGACAUCGGCAAUGGUAAAAUUCAAAGCACCAACGGAUUUAUAACGUUGCCAAACAAUUGUUGCACCAUUGUUGAAUCUCAUGAUGAACUAAUUGAUCGCGUCUUUCCAAACAUUGUUGGAAAUAUUAUGAAUCAUACUUGGUUAAGAGAACGCGCAAUACUGGCACCAAAAAAUGUUAAUGUAAAUGACAUUAAUUUUGAGAUUCAAGAAAAAUUGCCAGGUGUCGUAACAUCAUAUAAAUCAUUCGACAGCGCAAUGAAUCAAGAUGAUGCAGUAAAUUAUCCAAUUGAAUUUUUGAAUUCUUUGGAACCGCCUGGUAUGCCGCCUCAUUGCUUGAAUUUAAAGAUCGGCUCAUCCAUCAUUUUGUUACGUAAUUUAAAUGCACCAAAGCUUUGCAAUGGAACACGACUUGCAGUAAAAAAACUUAUGUUAAAUUUGAUUGAAGCCACAAUAUUGACUGGCACAGCGAAAGGUGAUGUUGUGCUUUCGAAUUUAAGCGCUUGCAAUUUCCAGUGCGCCUGGCAUUUGCAAUGUCGAUAA